AUGGUCGCUAUUACCAGCCCGCCGACCGAAGAGGAGACGUCCCGGCGACUGGUGUCCGUGCUAGAGACGUUUGCAAGAGGUGGAGCUUCUGCUGAAGAGCUUGGAUACACUGCGGAGCUCUUGAUCGCAACUGUGGAGGAGGAAGACGCGAGUGAAGACAGACCCAAACUCGUCGCCGCUUUCGUCGAGGUGCUGGAGGAGACGGAGUUCCUGGAUGCAGCUCAAUUUUCAGCAAUUUCGGAGCAGCUUGCCGCUGUGUUCUUAGGUCGGGAUGAUGAUAGUGAAGAGGAUCAGGAGAGCCACGCCAGCAGGAGGCGGCGGAUGAGGAGAGAGAGGCUGGAGACGCAGUUUGCCAUUGGCAAGAGCUGCCUCGUGGUGCUCGAGGAAGACGACGCCUGGCACCCGGCUCGGAUUACGAAGCAUAUUGGUGAGAACGAAGACAGCGACAGUGAAGACGAUAGCGCUACGGAUUAUGACCGACCUAUUGAAGUCGAGGUGGAGUUCAUUGAGUUCGGCAAGAAGCAGAUUAUCCGAGAAGAUGAGGUGGUGCUGGACGAAGAUGUUGCUGGCCGUGAAGAGGAAGAGGAUAUGACUGGUUUGUGUGAAAUGUGCGAGCGUCCUAUGAACUUGACUGCCCACCACGUGAUUCCGCGCGUCACGCACUCCAAGUAUCUGCGCAAGGGUUAUACGAAAGAGUUCCUAAACACGUGCAUCAUGAUCUGCCGCCAGUGCCACAGCAAGAUCCACUCGGUCGAAGACAACAAGACGUUAGCGCGCGAGUACAAUACGCUCGAGAAGAUCAUGCAGCACCCGAAGAUCAUCGACUGGGUCGCAUACGCGCGGAAGCAGAAGGCUCGCAUCAAACCGCGGAAGAAGAGCAAGUGGCCGGUCGGCAAGUGA